AUUUAAUAAUAAUUCAACGGUGACUAUUCGUCAAAAAGAAUAGAAGCACUUAUUGGAAAAUAUCUGUCCCGGAUAACAAAAAAAAUAAUUCAAUAAAAUACUGAUACUUAGCUUCGGUUUACUUGAAAAAAAAAAAAUCUAAUCCUUAACAGCACUGAAUCCUAACAACAUAGGUAUAUAUCACUUGACACAAAACGCUAUUAUUUGAUGUAAAUUUAAUGAAUGUUAUUUGUGUUCACUAAAAACUUCGCAAAUCUUCUAAAUCGACCGAAAUAUAAUCGUUGGCGUUUUACCCCACAAGGGCAUUUUGGGCAGAAGUAUUUAACAUUUUUAUUCAUGAUAUUUAGGGAAAAAACAACUAAACUCCUACCUAUGCGCAAAAGAAAACCGUCGAUCGAAUUUUUAUUUGGUUAUUUUAUCACUGGGUCAGUUACCUCUUGGCUUCAAAUCGAUACAGGCGUGUUUGCGUUUCGGGUUAGUGAUUAUUUCGGCCAGAUCAAGCAAAAAACCUUAUCAACUUCUAAUCUUUUUUUUUUUGUAAUUUGAGCAACUAAUUCGGGCGAUGAAGUUUUCGCAGAUUUUUAUUUGAAACGUGCCUGAAACCAAUUCAAAAAGUUCAUAGCCAAACAUCCGCUUGCUCGUGGCGUAAGUUUAAAGGGUCAAACACAGGUACCAUGUGGUGGAUUCUAAUUGCGCUCCUGUACAUUGCUUUCGACAUCAAUUAUUUCAUUCGAGUUACUUUCACUUUAGUCUUGGAUGUCUUCUCAGCUCGAAAUCUUAAACUGCUCGAUACGUCUGUAAGUUAUGGUAUCUGCACCACCCAGGAUAUUGACCUAUUUCUAAACCACAUGAACAAUGCCCGGUUCUUGCGUGAGCUGGAUUUUGCCCGCUAUCAUUGGUACGGACGUACUCGGUUUUGGGACGCCCUCAAGGUUGGUGGAGCCACAAUGGUGCAGGGAGCGGCCACAAUUAGGUACCGGAAGAUGAUGCCAAUCUGGAGACCCUUCCGGGUGGAAACCCGCCUGAUUUGGUGGGAUGAGCGAAGUCUUUUCCUGGAGCAACGAUUCGUCAGCCUAGGGGAUGGAUUUGUGCGGGCAGUUGCCAUUUGCCGUCAGCCAAUCGUUGGUGCUAAUCUGGGAGAUGUUAUGGCAGACUUUGAGCAAAAUAAACAUAAACCAGAGCCCCCGCCGGUUGAAAUCCGGCACUGGCUGGAUGCCAUUGAGGAAUCAAGUCUAAAAUUAAGAAUAGAAACUCAGGGAAUGUUAUUUUCCUAGC